AGGUCUGGGCUGACCGGAGGAGCGCGUUGCGGCUGGCAGAGCGACUGCUGUGGGUGUUGCACAGACGGAGCUCCAGGGCAGGCCAUGAGCUCCAGGACCGCCCCGCGGCUGAUGACGCUCCAGAGGCACCUCGGCUGGCCACAGACUGGUGCCGUGGCUAUGGAGAGCAGCCCACUGACCACUCACGUGCUAGACACUGCCUCAGGGCUCCCUGCCCAAGGCCUCUGCCUCCGGUUGUCUCGCCUGGAGGCCCCUGGCCAGCAGUGGAUGGAGCUGAGGACGAGCUACACAAACCUGGAUGGUCGCUGUCCUGGUCUCCUGACACCAGGCCAAAUAAAACCAGGCACCUACAAGCUGUCCUUCGACACGGAGAGCUACUGGAAGGAGAGGGGUCAGGAGAGCUUUUACCCAUAUGUAGAGGUUGUUUUCACUAUUGCAAAGGAGACCCAGAAGUUCCAUGUACCUCUGCUGCUGAGCCCAUGGUCCUACACCACCUACCGGGGGAGUUAGAGCGGCGCAUUACCCGAGGAAAGCCAUCUGUCUGCCUGGCCCUUCCCCUGACUUAGCCACGUAUAGUCAACGGCAUGGGCUUUGUCCCCAUGAAGGGACAUGAAGUUGCUGCUUGCUGAAGAGAUCCUAGCUGCCCUGGAGUUUUCUAGUGGGCAGCUGUGACUUGGGUAUCAAUAAAGUGAGUUCCAACACCUGCAA